AUGAAGAGUUCAGGGGCAUUGCAAGUCCUCGAAUUUGCUUGCGGUCAGCGGCGUUGCCUCCGCCUUUAUAUCUCUAUUGCUGGUUCCGGAGAGCUUGCAUUAUUCCCGCUUAUGAUCAGCGCUGUCUCAAAAACAAGCCCUAAGAGAUUCCGAGAGCAGCAUAUAAAGCCAUUACAUUCCCGCUCGUCCCGUCUCGUUGUGGCCUUCUAUCUACGCAGACUACCUUUAUUCCUCAAGCUAUAUAUCAAAUUCGAAAUGGCCUUCUUGUACCCUGACGACAAGCGUACUUUGUUGAAACGACCAAGUGAUGGUGAUAUUGGCGGGGAUUUGAGGAACAGAGAGAAAUAUUUGGAACGGAGCGAUGAGAUGCAUAUGCUCCGUGAUCGUUAUCCGGACUAUGAUCCGACAACUGCGCAAAAAUUAAAGGAGACCCAGAGCGCAAUAGACGAAUGGUUGGUUACUUCGGAAAAACUCAGACAAACGGCGAACAUCUGGGAGGCGAAAGACAUCGUUGACAAGCUUCUCAAGUCGAUCAACAAUCUCGGAUACGUUAUCUCAAAGGUGCUUAAGGAGAGAAAGGAAUUUGAUAUGCAUAAACGAAUAAAUCGGACGGUUGAUUCCAGUCAGAGCCAAAGCAAUACUGUUAAACCAGACCCCUUGUUCGACUUCGGCGUUCUGCUCAAGAAACUCGAACAGCUUCGGAAGGUCGUGGAGGAAGCAGGCAUCCAGUCAUUUCGGAAGGGCCACUGCGACGUUGAAGAUAUCAUGAAAGAGCUAAACGAAGUCAUGAGCGUUAUCCCUAACGUAGCUCCUUCACAGGGCAUUCUUACCUGUCUCGACUCCAGUGCUAUGGAUGUGCCGGCCCACAAACAUGAUCGAACCAGUCCAGACGAUGAGCUAGAGAAGCACCCGUCCCGACCAGAUGCGAUCAACUCAAAGCCCAAGCGAGGAAAAGCCGAAGUUGACAAAUUGGAGUGUGCCGCCAUCUCUUUGUUGACUAUGCCAGCUACCGAAGAACCAGAGAACGAGCACGCAGUCACCACCUGGGAGUGUGCUGCCAUGUCUUUGUUAACGAUGCAACCGCCCGAACUGAUCCUUGACGAUGUCACCAAAUCUAACAUCUGGAAGCUUGCUGCUAGGUAUAUGUUAGAAAUACAACCGAGUCAUGAAAGCGAAGGAACUUUGCCUGGAAUUGGUUUUAUAACCAUUCAAAUUGAACAGAGGGGACUUAAUGGGAUCAAGGUAGUUCCCUUGCAGCAGAUGGAGCGACUACUCUCUGGAAUACCUGAUGCUCAAACUGUGGCUGUUUUUAUACUGACCCACUUACCGGAUGAACAUCACGCUCUGCUUUCGUGUACCACAAUAUUCGCAGUAGAAAAUACCCCUAUCUGGCGUGGUCAUGUUUUGUUUGAGGAGUGGUCAGAAGAAGAAAACGUCGCUUUUGCUUGCGAAUUUUCUCGUCUCGUUCAUGAACCAUCGGCCACAACUUUCGUGCUGCAGAAAUGGCAUGGACUUCUUGAGGUUCUGAAUCCGAUAAUGAUUUCAAUCUCUUCUUUGUGUUUUGCUCAGACUUGA